UAUAUAAAUAAAACAAAACUACGACACGGGUCUGAAGUGAAAGUCCAUUUUACAACAUAUAAUAAAGAUGUCUCCGAUGCAUAUUGUCUUACGACUGCUGCUCAAAAGUGAGCUGAUAUUUAAGUACACAUGUAUGUGUGUAGUUGUAUUUCUGUGUUUGCGUUCCUCUCUCAAUUAAACGCGACACUAAUUUGCGUACUUAGUGAAAAUCGAUAUGGCCAAAACUUGCCUUUUACGCGAUGCUUUAGCUGACACUUUUCAUCUAACGUUUUUUUUUUGUUGGUUUAGCACAGAUUAACGGAUUCUUGACUUUUUGCUGAAUUUUGAGCAAUUUAUGCAAAAUAUUGUUAUAAAAUCACACACGCACACAUACGUAAAUGCAGGCACAUGUACACUAACGGGACAACCCUAACCUAAACACAAUGUGCCGACAUACUGAAAGCGAACUGCCGCACAGUGUUGCUAACAAUCCGACGUAAAACUAAGCUUCCAAUCCGCCGUAAACCUUAAACGAUCCACGCAACGAACGCACAAUGAAUUUCACACCCUUUGGCAACACUUUUCCGGGUCUGCCGCAGUUUACGACGACGACUUCGUCGCCGUUGGUGUCGACGGUAACUGCCGCUGUGGCCGUUGCCGAUGCCGAUGUGACUGCGGCCAACAACAAUCCACAGCAACAGCAGCAGCAGCAAGAGCCUAGCGGCAGCGGCAAUCGUUAUCAGCAGCAACACCAGCAGCAGCAACAACAACAACAGCAGCAGGUGACAGCAGGCGUAUCCAUGACGCACUUUAGUCAACCGAGUAGCAGUGUCGCCGCAGCCGCCGGCAGCAAAUUUCGCAGCGGACAGGAGGAUGCGCUGCAAGGCGACAAAUACAAUGGGCAUUUGGUGGCCACUGCCACACAACAGCAGCAGCAACAGCAACAACAACAACAACAACAGCAGCAGCAGCCGCAGUAUGCGACUGUCUAUACAGCGAGUGCCACGACGAGUGCAGUGGAUGCCAUGCAAGCGAGCGGCUCUGGACAACAGCAGCUGCAACAGCAACAAGUGGUGGCACCGCAAGAGCUGACACAGGAUCUAUGCAAUGCCAUAUUGCAGCAACAAGUGCUACAGAAUACCUCUUGGCAAACGAUCACGCCCGGCACCACCGUCGCGGACUACCUCUCGCAUCUUCCAGCCAAUACGUUGCCACUCUCGCUGCACCACUUUCUCAAGUACUCCGCAGAGACCAUCAAAAAGGAGAAUCAGCAGAAUGUGGUGCUGCAGGUGCAGACGGGACCAGGCGCCGCCAUUGGCAUCAACACCAUUGGCACCACAACAACCAUAAGCAUACCUCAGCAGGAGCAGCAGCCGCUGCAACAACAGCAGCAGCAGGCAACACUGCAAUUGCAGACACAGAACGUGGUAGCAAGUAGUUCGACCGCUGUUAGUGUCGCCAAGAAGAAGAAGCGCAAAAAGCGCUCCAAAGAGCGCAAGCCAAAGCUGCGUCCCGGCGAAAUAAGAAUGGGCACAGCCUUGGACGGUAGCCCACUUUAUAUGUGCCCCGAAUGCCAUGUGGCGUAUCCGGAGCCGGAGCUGCUCGAGGUGCAUCUGGUGGGGCAUAAUCUAGAGCGACGCUAUGUGUGCGACAUCUGUCAGGCCUCGCUCAAGCGGAAGGAUCAUCUGACACGGCACAAGCAAUCGCAUAAUCCCGAACGGCCGUACAUCUGCACCGUCUGCCUCAAAGCCUUUAAGCGCAAGGAGCAACUGAGCCUGCACUUUGUCAUCCACUCGGGUGAGAAGCGGCAUCAGUGCCAGGAGUGCGGCAAAGGCUUCUAUCGCAAGGAUCAUCUGCGCAAGCACACCCGCUCUCACAUAGCCCGGCGUGUCAAGGCUGAGCUGAACAGUCAUGUGCGUCGAGAGAAUGGCACCAGCAUGUUGCAGCCGGUGGUAACAGCUGCUACAACUGCAGCCGUGCAGCAUGCCAAUCAGCAACAAUUGCAGCUACAACAACAACAGCAACAGCAGCAACAACAACAGCAGCAGCAGCAGCAGCAACAACAACAACAUCACAUAGUCGUCAGCCAGCAGCAGCAACAACAACAACAGCAACAGACAACCGGCCAGCAGCAGCAACAGCAGCAAAUGUUAAAUUAGCCAAAUGAUUUUUGUAAAGUCAGUUAAAUCAAAAUUCAAAAUCCAUGCCACAUAUUUGAUGUAACGUGCGGCAUCUACACAAAUUGACGCCGCACAUACGAAAUUCAAGUUCAAGCAAUCAAAACCCUCUCGGUCCACGCAAUUUAAUUGACUCACACAAAUCGGAUAUACGAAUAUCGUUUACGAUAUUCAGCAGAUGCAAUAGCUAAAAUUGAAUAGUUGUCUCUCUGAGGCACUAUUCAACACUGUACAAUUAUUCCUAGGCAAACAAAGUGACACACAAAACUAGUCCUAAUAUUAUAUUUAGUGCUGUAAAACUGGGACCAUAAACUUGAUUGAUUUAUC